UCGAGCUGGAUGCUCCGAAUCUUGAAGUGUUGUUGCAUUCUGAUUGCCUCGCUUUGGGGCUUUGCUUCGAGCAGAAGCGCGGCUUCCCCCAUUCCAGAAUCUGACUUGGUUGGCACUUGGAUCCCUUCCAGGACUGAAUGGAUGGGAAUUCUUGGCAUGCAUGCUUCUCAGUGCACCUAAUCUUGAAAAGCUCACAUUCGAAGAGGGAUUUACGGAAUACAAAGGAGGACAUGAGAAAUUCGAGUCUUUACUUCCAGAGCCAUGAAGAAGAUGAAUUCAAAUUGUUUGAUUAUCGUCUGAAGAACGGCGUUCUGCAGAAACUGAAGAUUUAUGAUUGCAUUCCUUGCAAGGAUUCGUGUUUUUUUGGAAAGGAACUUUUUUGGUGGGAUGGAGGAAUAAUAGUUAAAAAAAGGCCUCCACAUUUAAAACUCACUCCGAUCCUCUGCCAUAUUCUGGCCCGGGAGCUCUGGUUCCAGAUGGGGUUUGUAGCUUCCGAUGGCUCCCGGCUCAAAAUCGUAGAUUGUUGUCUGAGGCUGGCCGCCGCCGUCCUGGCCGCCGCCGCCGUCGGGCUCGCAGUGAGUGAUCGGCAGGCCAACAGCAGCUACGGAGUGCUCCUCAGUUUCGCCCACCUCGGGGCUCUCCGGUAUACGGUGGCUGUGGGCGUUGCAUGUGGCGGAUAUGCACUGUUCACCGCCGUGGCUUUGUGGGUGAGAAGUCUGGUUUCCAAAGCAUGGUUCUUCUUUCUCUCUGAUCAGAUUAUCGCGUACGUGACCGUAACGUCCUUGGGAGCGUUAGCAGAGAUCGUUUAUUUGGCGUAUAACGGCGAUGAAGAGGUGACGUGGAUGGAAGUGUGCACUUCUUAUGGGAAGUUCUGUGGCAGGUUGAAGCUGGUUUUGGCUCUGCUUGCCAUUGUCCUCUGCUGUUUUCUCUCUUUAGCUGUGAUUUCUGCAUUUAGGGUCUUCAGCAGAUAUGAAUAUCCCUCUGUUCAUUGUGAUGAAUUUGAGAAGCAAGUGAAAUAAUGUUAGGCCUUUCCACUAUGAGUGUUUGUAUGUCAAAAGACCUUUUUUUGAACAAUUUUCAAUCCAAUGUACCUGUGGAAAUGUAGUGUUGUUACAUCUUUACAUGUAAUCUUUCUAUUUGCACAUAUCUCACCAAUUUUGAUCCUUUUC